UGUCACAAGCAUAACAGGGGAGAGGGAAACAACAAGACUGACUGACAGUGACAUAGAUGAGGCACACCCCUCUUCACUGCCAGCCGCUCAGCUUAGAUGAGGACUGACUGUUUCACAGAAUACAUUUUCUCUCCUAGGCCCCCAGUGGAGCGUGGAGCGGCUGUCCAGCUCACUAGGAGGGAGGUGGCUGAUGGAAGGGGCUAGGAAAAGGUUUUCUUUUAGGUCCGCUAUCAGCUCCCACUGCCUCCCCUUUCUCUGUUUUAAUACAGUCAAUGAACCAGAAGAGUGAGUUUGAGGAGGGGGGAAAGAGAGGAGAAAAUCAACAAUAAUAAUAAAACAGAGGAAGGAGAUAAAUCGAGACCCGUAAGGGGGGAGGAGGAAAUAGAGGAAGACAGAGGGGAGAAGAAAACAGAAGCGGAGGGUAGGAAAGGAAAGAAGGAGGGGGAAACAGGGGAAUAUAGGGAAAGAAAAACGAGAGGAGGGGAGGGAAAAGAAGAGAAGAGGAGGGGAGAGAAGAGGAGGGGAGGGAAGAAAAGGAGAGGGGAGGAGCCCCCUGGCCGCCAGCAGUCAGCCAGCCCCGCACGCCCAAGCCUUAGACUCUGAGCAUCCGAGCAUCGGGAGUUUGAGCCCAAGCAGCGCUUGGGGGUUGAGCUGGGAGGGGGCGGUGCUGGUCCCCGGGAGAAGGAGAAGGGAAGGCAAAGCACGCGGAGCGGCGGAGUUGGUCAAGGGUCCGGAGAGUCGGUCCUGUUGGACUCGGCCUCGAGGAGGAGAGCUUGAUCUCUGCCCUUUUCCCCAGGGCACCUCUAUCGCACCCCCACCCUAAGCCUCAUUCAGUGUUCUUCCCCCGCACGACCUCCUAGCGCCAGGAGAGGGAGGUAGCGUCGCGGGGAGGGGGUUCGGGGCAGACUAUGAGGCGCCCACCAUGGUGCGAUGCGACCGCGGGCUUCAGAUGCUGCUGACCACGGCUGGAGCCUUCGCCGCCUUUUCCCUCAUGGCCAUCGCCAUCGGUACCGACUACUGGCUCUACUCCAGCGCGCACAUCUGCAACGGGACCAACCUGACCAUGGACGAAGGCGGCCCGCCCCGACAAGGAGCCCGAGGCGACCUCACGCACUCCGGCCUGUGGCGGGUCUGCUGCAUCGAAGGGAUCUAUAAAGGUCAUUGUUUCCGGAUCAACCACUUUCCAGAAGACAAUGAUUAUGACCAUGACAGCUCAGAAUAUCUUCUGCGUAUUGUCAGGGCUUCCAGCGUGUUCCCUAUCCUCAGCACUGUUUUUCUUUUGCUGGGAGGUCUCUGCAUUGGUGCCGGGAGAAUUUACAGCAGCAAGAACAACAUCAUCCUUAGUGCAGGCAUCCUAUUUGUUGCCGCAGGUCUGAGUAACAUCAUUGGAAUCAUUGUUUAUAUCUCCAGCAAUGCAGGCGACCCAAGUGACAAGAGAGAUGAAGACAAAAAAAACCAUUAUAACUAUGGUUGGUCUUUUUACUUUGGCGCUCUGUCUUUUAUUGUGGCUGAGACCAUAGGCGUCCUGGCUGUAAACAUUUACAUUGAGAAAAAUAAAGAGUUAAGAUUUAAGACCAAACGGGAGUUCCUUAAGACUUCUUCCUCUUCCCCUUAUGCCAGAAUGCCAAGUUACAGGUAUAGAAGGAGGAGGUCCAGGUCUAGUUCCCAGUCCACAGAGGCUUCUCCUUCCAGGGAUGUCUCCCCUGUCAGCAUGAAGAUCUCAAGUUCCAUCCCCAUGGGGGAGAUCUCCAUGUACACCCUGUCCAGGGAACCCCUGAAAGUGACCACGGCAGCAAGCUACAAUCCAGAGCAAGAGGCUGGCUUCCUCCAGGUUCACAACUUCCUACAAAAGGAGCUGAAGGAAGGAUUUCAUGUCAGCAUGAUUAAUCGGCGAACCACGCCUGUGUGAGGAGAGUGCAGGAUCUCCUUCCCCCUAAAAAAUAAUUUUCAUCUCCUUAUUACAAUGGAUCUUUUGAUCAAACAGGAAGAUUCUUAAAAGAACAAACAAACCAAAAGAGAAAAAAAGAAAAAAAAGAAAAAAGAAAAAACUCUACAUGAAACAAAAAAUUUUCCCUGAUCUCCAAAACACAUCAAGUGCUGGUUUUUACAAAUAAGGACCUGGGGAUAUUGGAAUAUGAACAGCAAUCAGAAGCUGAAGGCUGAUUUUAAGCAAGGAGGUUGUUCAAAUGCCUUAAGGUUUAGUCAGCCUCAGAAGAAGGCAAAAGUACUUACCUGAGCCUUCAGGGGUAACUCAGUCUUAUUGAUGCUGGAACACAAAAUUGAGCCAUUAUCUCCUUUUGAAAACAUAACUUUAUAGACGAAUGGGAUUUCCAUGGACCUAUAUUUAAUAGCACCCAGAACCACUGGGAAAGCCUCCACUUUACAUAAUGGAAGGCUAUUGCAGAAAUCACUUUUGCUCCUCAGAACAGUGUUUCACUUGCUUUCUGUGAUGGAGAAGAGGAAACCAAAGCUGUUCUCUCAGUCUCUUUCUCUCUCUCUCUCUGUCCCUCUC